UGAGCCCGGCCACCUCCAGGCUCCAUUUCAUCAUUCCACCACCAACGAUCAGACAUCCAAGCUCUCCUUCUUGCUGUAUCACGAUAUUCGCAGAAGCCUCACGAUGUCCGGAAAUAUCAAGUACACAGCUGCCGCGCAGCGGGAUUCUCUCGAUGAAACGGCUCACUAUCCUCAAGCCCCGCCUUCAUACGUUGACCAACCAUCCUCUUCCGCCGAUGAUCAAGCUGCUCUUCUAGGAGCCCCCCGAAGUAGCGAAGACAACGUUCCCGAUGAUUUCAAGUUCGGUGGCUCAGCCGCUGAGGCGACUAUCGAUAUCAGAAUGGCCUUCGUGCGGAAAGUUUAUGCUAUCCUCUCUGUUCAACUCAUCGCCACGGCCAUCCUGAGCUCAGUCUCCUUCUUCAGUGCGUCCUACAAGCAAUGGAUUCAAAGCAAUCAGUGGAUGAUGUGGAUCUCCCUUUUUGGGGCCAUCGGAUUUAUGCUCCUUACCUACUGGAAGCGAAAGUCAUAUCCAGCGAACCUCAUGUUUCUCGCGGCCUUCACGGGCCUUGAAGCCUAUUCUAUCUCCGUCGUCACGUCUUUCUUUGAUUCGCGCAUUGUACUCCAAGCCGUGCUGCUUACCGCUGGCAUCUUCGUAGCCCUUACACUCUUCGCCUGCCAGACAAAGUACGACUUUACCUCGUGGAUGCCAUAUCUGUUCGGAGGACUGUGGGCUUUGAUUCUGUUCGGAUUCAUGGCUGCAUUCUUUCCCUACAACAGUACGGCUGAACUGGUAUACUCUGGUAUUGCGGCUUUGAUCUUCUCGGGUUACAUCCUGGUGGAUACGCAGCUUAUUAUGAGACACUACCAUGUUGAGGAGGAGAUUGCGGCUGCAAUCAGCCUGUAUCUUGACAUCCUCAACCUCUUCCUUGCAAUCCUUAGAAUCCUCAACAACCAGCAGAACAACUAGACUAAGAUGGCCUGAGGAACCUAGGUGGAGGACUGGGAAUGGGUCGCUGCAUGAUAAGUUAAUUUGGGGGGAUUAAUUGUAUUUCAUUUGCUAAGGAAACAGACCUUUGGGCGUUGGGAGUGAAACGGACAAGAAAUAGCGCUGUUCUCCUCGUU